ACGCCGACUAACAGAGGCUGGAGUCUGAGGAAAAACAGACCCAUUGCUACCAGCCAUGGGGCUGGAUUACUAUGCUGUGCUCCAGGUCACUCGAAACUCAGAGGAUGCCCAGAUCAAGAAGGCGUACCGGAAACUUGCCCUGAAGAAUCACCCAUUGAAGUCAAGUGAGCCGACUGCACCAGAGAUAUUCAAGCAAAUAGCAGAAGCCUACGAUGUGUUAAGCGACCCCGUGAAGCGAGGCAUCUAUGACAAAUUUGGUGAGGAAGGCCUGAAGGGUGGGAUUCCCCUGGAAUUUGGAUCCCAGACUCCAUGGACAACCGGCUACGUCUUCCAUGGCAACCCUGAAAAAGUGUUCCAUGAGUUUUUUGGAGGAGACAACCCCUUCAGCGAAUUUUUUGAUGCAGAAGGAAAUGAUAUAGAUUUGAAUUUUGGGGGCCUUCGGGGCCGAGGAGUCCAGAAACAAGACCCUCCAAUUGAGCGAGACCUCUAUUUAUCCCUUGAGGACUUAUUCUUUGGCUGCACCAAAAAAAUUAAGAUUUCCCGAAGGGUGCUAAAUGAAGACAGGUAUUCCUCCACUAUCAAGGACAAGAUCCUGACCAUCGACGUGAGGCCUGGGUGGAGGCAAGGCACACGCAUCACCUUUGAGAAGGAAGGGGACCAGGGCCCCAACAUUAUCCCGGCCGAUAUUAUCUUCAUUGUAAAGGAGAAGCUGCACCCUCGCUUCCGCAGGGAGCAUGACAAUCUCUUCUUCUUGUACCCCAUUCCUUUGGGCAAGGCUCUUACCUGCUGCACUGUGGAGGUGAAGACUCUCGAUGAUCGACUGCUCAACAUCCCCAUCAACGACAUCGUCCACCCUAAGUACUUCAAGAUGGUGCCAGGUGAGGGGAUGCCACUGCCUGAGAACCCCACCAAGAAGGGAGACCUCUUCAUCUUCUUUGACAUCCAGUUCCCUACCCGCCUCACACCCCAGAAGAAGCAGAUGCUACGCCAGGCAUUGCUGACCUAAUUCUGGGGGACCUGAGCAGGAACUGGGAUGGAGGGGGCUAGCUGGGCCUUGCCCGCUCCUACCCACUCAAUUCCCACAGCCUGUGAAGAUGACGAGGCAUAAGAUCUUAGGCUGACAUAAUAAAGAUUCCUUUCCUA